CGGGGUCCGGCCCCGGGUCACGGUUGGGACCGGGUCCAGGGCCAGACGGGGUUAGGGUCCGGGCGGGAUCCCGUGUUGAGGUCUUAAUGCGUCGGCCUGGGACAGGGGCCAGUUCUGGCUCGGGCUGCAGGUCCUGGCCAGGGUCAGGCUUGGGCCUCGAAUCCAGUCCCAGGGCAGGGUUCAAUCCGGCACCUGGAGCAAGUCGAAGUCCCAGGGGCGGGCCUGGGUGGAAGAUAGGGAGGGUUCCCUGUCGGAGAAGGGGCUUUGAAGACCACGUGGGGGCGCUCGAAGGGGCCUUGGGCCACCCUCCUCUCUGGGUCAAAGGUCAUCGCACCGGCAGGGGAGAACUUCCUCCUCCUUGGCGCUCCCCAUUUACUUCCUGAUAACCUGAUAGAGGUCCCCUGCGGGCGGAGGGGGAGGGGAGGCGCAGCAACUUUAGGCAACUUUCCGUAGGUGUGCGCAGGUUGGGGGGGGCGGGGCGCCCCUGAGGUGGAGGAUUCUGCGGCAGCUGGAGUGUGACCAGCGCCAUGUCCAGCCAAGUGGUGGGCAUUGAGCCUCUCUACAUCAAGGCAGAGCCAGCCAGCCCUGACAGCCCAAAGGGUUCCUCGGAGACCGAGACCGAGCCCCCCGUGGCCCUGGCCCCUGGCCCAGCUCCCACCCGCUGCCUCCCAGGCCACAAGGAAGAGGAGGAUGGGGAGGGGGCUGGGCCUGGCGAGCAGGGUGGUGGGAAGCUGGUGCUCAGCUCCCUGCCCAAACGCCUCUGCCUGGUCUGUGGGGAUGUGGCUUCCGGCUACCACUAUGGUGUGGCGUCCUGUGAGGCCUGCAAAGCCUUCUUCAAGAGGACCAUCCAGGGGAGCAUCGAGUACAGCUGUCCGGCCUCCAACGAGUGCGAGAUCACCAAGAGGAGACGCAAGGCCUGCCAGGCCUGUCGCUUCACCAAGUGCCUGCGGGUGGGCAUGCUCAAGGAGGGAGUACGUCUGGACCGUGUCCGAGGUGGGCGACAGAAGUAUAAGCGGCGGCCGGAGGUGGACCCGCUGCCCUUCCCAGGCUCCUUCCCUGCUGGACCGCUGGCAGUAGCUGGAGGCCCUCGGAAAACCGCCCCUGUGAAUGCACUGGUGUCCCACCUGCUGGUGGUUGAGCCUGAGAAGCUAUAUGCCAUGCCCGACCCCGCGGGCCCUGAUGGACACCUCCCAGCCGUGGCUACCCUCUGUGACCUCUUCGACCGAGAGAUUGUGGUCACCAUCAGCUGGGCCAAGAGCAUCCCAGGCUUCUCGUCACUGUCACUGUCUGACCAGAUGUCAGUCCUGCAGAGCGUAUGGAUGGAGGUCUUGGUGUUGGGUGUGGCCCAGCGCUCACUGCCGCUGCAGGAUGAGCUGGCCUUCGCGGAGGACCUGGUCCUAGAUGAAGAGGGGGCACGCGCGGCUGGCCUGGGGGAGCUGGGGGCUGCCCUGCUGCAGCUGGUUCGGCGACUGCAGGCCCUGAGGCUGGAGCGCGAGGAGUAUGUCCUGCUGAAGGCCCUGGCCCUUGCCAAUUCAGACUCUGUGCACAUUGAGGAUGCCGAGGCUGUGGAGCAGCUGCGAGAAGCUCUACACGAGGCCCUGCUGGAGUAUGAAGCAGGCCGGGCGGGCCCCGGAGGGGGUGCUGAGCGGCGGCGGGCGGGCAGGCUGCUGCUCACACUACCGCUCCUUCGCCAGACGGCGGGCAAAGUGCUGGCCCAUUUCUAUGGGGUGAAGCUGGAGGGCAAGGUGCCCAUGCACAAGCUGUUCUUGGAGAUGCUCGAGGCCAUGAUGGACUGAGGCAAGGGGUGGGCAUGGGUGGGGGUGCUGGCAGGACCCGCCCAGUAUGGGGUCAGCCCCAAAGGGGCAGAGCUGGGGUCUGGGCAGUGCCACAGCCUGCUGGCAGGGCCAGGGCAAUACCAUCAGCCCCUGGGAGCAGGCCCUACGCCCUCCCCUCCCCCCCUCCCAGGGGGUCUUAGAAGCUGGGAAUGUGUGCGCCCAGGCUCUGGGCACAGUGCUGCCCCUUGCAAGCCAUAAUGUGCCCCCAGAGUUUAAGGGGGGCCUUGCGGAAGCCAUAGGGGGCUGCAGGGGACGUGUGGGGGGGGGCAGAAGCCUGAUCUCAGGGAGGGAAGGGAGUGGAGGCCACAGUCUCCCAAUGGGUGAUGCUUUUGCUGCUGCUUAAUCCAACCCCCUCUCCAGAGCAGAGGGGGAUUUGGAGAGCAAAGGCCCCUGCCCCCUUCGCUCCUCUCCUCAUCAUUUGCAUUGGGCAUUACUGCCCCCCCUUGAAGCAAUAACUCCAAGCAGGCUCCAGCCCCUGGACCCCUGGGGUGGCCAGGGCCCCCCAUCAGCUCCCACCCAGCCUCCUCAGGGGGUAGGGAGAGCACUGCCUCUAUGCCCUGCAGAGCAAUAACACUAUAUUUAUUUUUGGGUUUGGCCAGGGAGGUGCAGGGACAUAGGGCAAGCCAGGGCCCAGAGCCUUUGGCUGUACAGAGACUCUAUUUUAAUGUAUAUUUGCUGCAAAGAGAAACCGCUUUUGGUUUUGAACCUUUAAUGAGAAAAAGAAAUAUAUCGAGCUCAAGAA